AUGGCUGCAGAAAAUUUUUGUAGAUCAAUUUUAUCCUUGGGAAAAUAUCUACCUGUAUUAUUAGUAUUAAUUUUAAUUGGAUGGUCUUAUUAUGCAUUUGUAUUUAGAUUGUGUAUUCAUUAUGAAUUUAAUGAAAAUAUUACUCAAGUUCCAAUUGCAAUUGAGUAUUAUUCAGUUCAUCAUGAGGAUGAGUUCAUUCCAAGUAUAGAUUUGAAUAUAUCAUUUUUAAUCCUAGGUGGUGGUGUAUUUUCAAUAGGGUUAUUCGGGUUUUUAAUAUAUCACACUAAUUUGAUUUUACAUAAUCGAACUACUUUGGAAAGUUUAAAACAUUACAAAAUUACUCAUGACGUUGAAGAAGGUGAUAGAGAUGAUAGUGGUAGAGAUGAAAAUAUGUUAAAUAUAUUUGAUAUUGAUGAAUAUAUUUCUGAUGAAGAUAUAUUUACGAUGAAUAAUUUUGAAAAUAAUUUUGAUAGAGCAAAUUUUAUUCAAGUAAUGGGUCCAACUUGGUAUUUAUGGUUUUUUCCAAUUAAAAAUUCAUUGGGCGAUGGUAAAACUUGGCCAGUGAAUUAUGAAAAAUAUAAUGAAUUAUAUGGUUCUAGAACUUCAUAA